AUGGAGAGAGCAGCUGCCUCAGCCAGGGAAGGAGAGUGGGCUGGGCCAGGGGACCUAGAGGCUGGACAGCAGGAGGAGUGGGGUGCUGAUGGGACAGAACUGUCCCUCCUACGUUCCCAGCCCACAGGGCAGGUGGCAGCUGAUGCUGUCAACCAGCUCCUCCUCCUCCUGCCAACAGUGCCUGACCAGGGGUGGCACAUGCCCUGGUGUGGGCCCCCAGUGGCCUCCAGGGGAGAGGCCACCCCUUGCCGAGUGGUGGAAGAACCCCCACUCCUCCUCAGUGAUCUGGAGAAACCCCCACUCCUCCUCAAUGAUCUGGAGGAACCCCCACUCCUCCUCAGUGAUCUGGAGGAACCCCCACUCCUCCUCAAUGAUCUGGAGGAACCCCCACUCCUCCUCAGUGAUCUGGAGGAACCCCCACUCCUCCUCAGUGAUCGGGAGGAACCCCCACUCCUCCUCAAUGAUCGGGAGGAACCCCCACUCCUCCUCAAUGAUCUGGAGGAACCCCCACUCCUCCCCAGUGAUCUGGAGGAACCUCCACUCCUCCUCAACGAUCUGGAGGAACCCCCACUCCUCCUCAGUGAUCUGGAGGAACCCCCACUCCUCCUCAGUGAUCUGGAGGAACCCCCACUCCUCCUCAAUGAUCUGGAGGAACUCCUACUCCUCCUCAAUGAUCUAGAAGAAACCCCUCCUCCUCCUCAGUGA